AAACAGAAUCUGAUCCCCCGGCUCCCUAAAAGGCAACUUGAUCUGCUUGCAAAGAGAUCUUCCGAAAGCCCGGUGAAAGAAAGCAGGUUAAAGAGGAGAGAGGCGUCUUAUUACGACCAGAAAGAGAGAGGAUUCGCUCCCCGGUUUGAUCUUCAAAGCAAAUUUCGUCAGAGAGGGAGCUUCUUCGGCCCCAAACCGUCGCAGGGGUAUCUUUCUACCCCCUUCGAAAAGGUCAAGCUGACUCAAGGACAGAAAAGACCCAACAGGAAGAAAAAGAAGUUCAGAGAAAGGAUUUGCAAGUUGCAAGGGGUAGAAAAACCAAACAACAGCAACAAACAAUGCCCUGACCCGGAAUGAGCGGGCCGGAUCCUGCUUGCAAAAAGCACCAAAACCUGCACGUUUGCAAAGCUCCUCCUGGUCGCUCCUCCUCUGCAGCAACAACAAAAAAGUUUUCCAGAAAGGCUAUUCUUUCCCCCAUCAUGACCGACAGUGAGAUGGACUUCAAGUCGGAGGCGAAUUCGGUGACUGACCCCCCAGAGACCCUCUCCAUGGAGUUAGAGGAGCGCAUGGCGACAGACCCCGAUGCCCCCGGAAAACCCGGAACAGACGCUUCUUCCAUCUGGGAACAGCCCGGUCCGUCUCCCGGCCGUCUGCAAGCCCCCAUUCCAAAAGCAGACUCCGGGAUCUCCGAAUCGGCGGUGCCCGAGACCCAGAGCGGCUCAGAUAUUGCUGAACGAUCCAAUUGGCUUUUGAAUCCGCCAGAUUCCAGCCCCCGAGCUUGCAAGCAAGCGGUCAGCCAAGGCUGCAGCAGGGGCUUAAUGGAGGCGUCUCCCGAACCCGGGUCCGGGGACGCCGGCUGGACGCCGGGCCCCGGAGAAACCUUGGAGGAAAGCGACCUGCAGCCCGCAGAUCCGGCUGAGCUUCUCGUAGAAAUGGAAGAUGCGGACGUCGUCCGGGAGGAAGAGGAGGACGCCCCGGAUUCCGAUCACCUACAUCUUCACGGCCUCUUGACCCGCCUGCAGCGACUCAGCCCGAAUUUCGAAGACCGAUCGCCCACGUCCGAAGACGGUCUUCUGCCCGCCUCCGACGGCGAGGAAGGCCGAGUUUCCGAAGGCGACGGAGACCCUCUCCUGGCGCCCAAAGAGUGCCAGGGGGCCCCUUGCCCGCUCCACAUCGCCACAGGGCACGGCUUGGGGGGCCCACCACGCCCGCAGAGGGGGCGAGGGCUACUGUCGGCGGAAGUCGAGAGUGAGGAUUUGCUUAGCCUCCUUCGCUACGAACGAGGGCCGCCUGCCGACGCGAGCGCCGAGACGCCCCUGGCUCGCUCGGACGCGGUGGCCGGGAGCAGCCGCCCCGGGGGAAUGGCGCCAGGGGAAUUUGCCUCGGACAGGGCUCAGGGGGAAGGCCCCCGUCGAUGGAAGGAGCCACCCCUCUCCUCCGCUGAUUCCGUUUUGGGGGGACCUUCGCGCGAGGAAGAGGCGUCCUGCUCUUCAGACGUGGUGGAUAAAGCGGAUUUGUCGUCCUUGCCGACUUACAAGGAAGUCCCAGGCCCCUGCGAGCCCGAAGAUCUGCUGGACGGCGUGAUCUUCGGGGCCAAGUACUUGGGCUCCACGCAGCUGGUCUCGGAGAGGAACCCCCCUACCCACGUCCGCAUGGCCCAAGCUCAGAAAGCAGUGGACAGGAUCAAGGCCCCCGAAGGAGAAUCGCAGCCCAUGACGGAGGUGGAUCUCUUCAUCUCCACGCAGAGGAUCAAGGUCCUUACGGCCGACUCCCAGGAGGCGAUGAUGGACCAUCUCCUGCAAACUAUCUCCUACAUCGCUGACAUCGGGAACAUCGUGGUUCUCAUGGCUCGCCGGAAACUGCCUCGCCGGGGCGACGCCUCUGCCGAAAAGCAACUCUACAAGAUGAUCUGCCACGUCUUCCACUCAGCGGAUUCAGUAGAUCAUGCGGCUUUUAACCCCGCGGUCCUGGGUUCGAGUUCCGCGCCGGAAACCCGCCUUCUCCUUCCGCAGGCUCCCUUGAUAGCCCAAGCAAUCGGCCAAGCUUUCAGCGUCGCGUACCAGCAGUUCCUGAGGGCCAGCGGCAUCGACCCAGACCAGCUCCACCCCCGGCGGUGCGGCGAUGACGAGGGCGACGAAAGCUUUGUCCCGGGGGAAGAGCUGUACAAUGGCGAUUUGGCGCACUUCUCCAAGCAAGAGAACUGUAAGGAAGUCGUCAUCCACAAGCAGAAAGGGGAGAUCCUGGGCGUCGUGAUCGUGGAGUCGGGCUGGGGCUCCAUCCUGCCCACUGUGGUGGUGGCUAACCUCAUGCACAAAGGUGCAGCGGAGCGGUCGGGGAAGCUGAGCAUUGGGGACCGCAUCAUGUCAGCCAACGGGACCAGCCUGGUAGGGUUGCCCCUGGCUUCCUGCCAGGGCAUCAUACGGGAUUUGAAAAGCCAGACUGUGGUGACCCUCAGCGUGGUCCACUGUCCACCUGUCACCACCGCCAUCGUGCGGAGACCUGAUGCGAAAUACCCGCUGGGGUUCUGCGUGGAGAACGGCAUUAUUUGCAGCCUCAUGCGAGGGGGGAUCGCCGAGAGGGGCGGGAUCCGCGUGGGACACCGGAUCAUCGAGAUCAACGGGCAGAGCGUGGUGGCCAUGCCACACGAGAAGAUCAUCCAGAUCUUGACACAGGCGGUCAGCGAGGUCCACAUCAAAACCAUGCCGGCGUCAACUUACCGUCUUCUGACCGGACAGGAACAACCAGUUUUCCUAUGAAGGGAGGUGUUUUCUUGGGGCAGCGGCAAAUCUACACCUGCUUAACAAGUUGCAUGCAACCCCUUCUCGCUUCGCAAACCAGACUCUCUGCACCAAAAAGGCGUCUUCUCUGAAUUCAGACUUGUCUGCCUCUCAACGGAACUUUUUCUCCACCCGGAAUCACAGGAAAAAAAGGUUUUAUUUUGCUUUAACUGGGAGCGUGUGUUUGUGUGCGGUUUAUUUUGGGUGCUGGUAAAUUGUCCAUCUUCAAGCGUUGCCCUGCAAUGUUCGGUUUCGGAGAUGUGGGUUUUUGUGUUUGUGUGUGUGUAAUUGUUUUCUGGGUCGGGACAUGGGAAGCCGCUAAGAAACAGUGGGAGGAAGGCCUGUACCCCAUCACGCUGCUGGUGGAUAAAUAAUUUUUUAUAUAUUGAAAUAAAUGCUGCCCUUGUGUUAAAAUUUGCAUGUCCUGGGAAUAAGGGGAAAGAGAUAGCUGAGAAGGGAUUACACGGGAACAGUUUUUUCCUUGAGGUGCUGGAUUUCUUGAUUGUGUGAAAACAAUUUUUUACCUUGAGGUGCUAGAUUUCUCCUUGCAGGGAGGUUGGGUUAUAUAUUAUAAAGAAACAAAAUUCUUUGCAGUGGGACAGUCUACACCCACCUCACUGUUCUACCGUCUUUCUUGAAUAGACCAGAUUUCUCCACCUCUCUCUCUCACACACACACUCAGCCCUGCCGUGUGUUAAAAAUUUGGCGGCUGGUCUUCGCAACAAGAAACAGGUCUAAAGCAAAACUUGCAGCAGGCGUCCAUCCACAAACCUGUCAGUAAGCGGUGGGGAAUGGGCUGCCUUGCCGAUCGUCAGACGAAAUGCUAAAAAACAAAUAGGUCUGGACCGAUUUAUCACUUCACAAGGGUGUGAGGGAAUGCAAAAAAAAAAAAAAACUGCAUUUCCUGCAGUCGGAAAUCCAGCAUCUCAGGGUAAAAGGUUAGGGCAGAGCCUAACCUGGCAGUUUGUAGUUUUAUUUUU